UCAGGGUUCACAUAUCGGCGAUACGUCACGGACGCCCGAACGGCAUCUAGAAUGCGCGGCCGUCCUUGCCGCGAUCCGUACGUGUCGCAAGUGAGUCGAACACGCGAUGGACGCGGCCAUAUUUCCUGCUAGCAGAAAUCCUGUCCGUCAGUGAUUCGCGCUGAUCGUGUGCCACCGGAAGAGCGGAGCGUGCAGAAUGCCGAAAUGCGAUGUGAAGACGAGGCCUCUGCCAGCUACGUUCGCGUGGAUGGUCCUACUCGUCACCACGGCACUCUUCUUCAUUUUCCCGUGCUGGAACUACUAUGUCUCUCGGUGGGGCUUAUGGGUACCGGUUCUACAAGGAGUUAUCACCUUCUUCGUGGUGGUAAACUUCUCGCUAGCGACGUUUAUGGAUCCUGGUGUUAUACCAAAAGCACCUCCUGACGAAGAUCGAGAGGAUGAUUUUCGAGCUCCAUUAUAUAAAAGUGUGGAGAUCAAUGGCAUCACUGUACGUAUGAAGUGGUGUGUCACCUGCAAAUUUUAUCGACCUCCGCGUUGUUCACACUGCAGCGUCUGCAAUCAUUGUAUCGAGACAUUCGAUCAUCAUUGCCCAUGGGUGAACAACUGUAUUGGUAGGAGGAAUUAUAGAUACUUCUUCCUUUUUCUUCUAUCACUCAGUCUUCAUAUGCUUAGUAUAUUUGGGCUUUGUCUAUAUUAUUUACUGGAGCAUAAAGAGCAGCUGAGCGAAGUUAAUACUAUUGUUGCACUCAUACUCAUGGGAGUGGUAAUACUCUUAUUCAUUCCAAUCUUUGGACUGACCGGCUUUCACAUGAUCCUCGUUUCUAGAGGACGUACUACGAACGAACAGGUAACAGGCAAAUUUAACGGGGGCUACAAUCCUUUUUCACGUGGGUGUCUGCGCAAUUGCUGUUACACACAAUUUGGACCACAAUACCCAAGGUAUUGCAAGGAGCCAAGCUUACUUAAACCUGAUAAGUAUUCAGGGAAGCGUCGUGGAGCGUGUGCGUCAGAGAUAUCUACUAUAGGCAGUGAGAACCAGGUAAAGACCUACAUGGAUAGCAGCAAUGGUGUUAGAAAUGCCAGUUCAAAUGCUUACAAUAAGUUAUCACCCGGACGAGACGGAUCGGACACCGACAUGGAACCGACGGCGUCUCAAUCUGCAGACUGCGAACCUACGCCGCCGCUGCAAAGACACGGUUCUAAAAGCAAUUUCUUCCUGCCACCUGUGGAGAACAACGAAUCUCCCAGGCAUCCUCCACCGUCGCAGCUUCGCCAUCCAAUACAUUAUCCUAGAGGCAGUCCAUAUCUAAGGCCACGAGGGAUGAACGGAUCUCGAAGUCACACACCCGACCCGUUAUCACCGGAGACGAGUGGUUCGCCCGCCACGGUUCCUCAACGUCAGGGUGAUGCCAGCCCAACGAUGCAACAACGUAUCAAAGCUAUUGGAGUACCUACUCCACUUGCCAUAUCCAGUCCCAUACGAAGAUCAAACCCGGGUACACCGACGCAGAUUCGUCGGCCGGAUUUCAUAGGCGUGAACGAAGCGCCGACAUAUUAUGAUGUACAGCAGGGAAACAAUACGGGAGUCGAGGUUCCCGGUUCUGUCAUUACUGGUUACAGUCCGCAGCGGCGUUUCCUGUCAGAGAGUGAGCUCGUACGACAGGGCAUCGAUCAUCCGUACUUGAGAACCAAUAACACGGUCGACAAUAUACGCGAACUGGCUGGUUCGCCGCAGCGUAGUGUUUACUUGUGGAAAGACAACUCUCCCGGCAGCUAUCCAGGUCCACCUCCUGGAGGAGCGGUGAGCGGUACGGCGCAUCAAUCGCCUUCCCAUCGACCUCCGCCGUACGAUUACUAUCGUUCCAAUCCCACGAGCCCUACUCAACAAUCGCAAUACACGACGAACGCUCCUAGAGCAGCGUAUCAUCCAGCCUUGAGAGGUGGAGUGCCCGUCUUCCCGCCACAUCAACCACACCAGUCGCCGCAAGUUAAACGAAAAGCGACUACGAUGGCAACACCAACCACACCGACCGCGGGGGACGCACGGCGUCGACCGAUGUCCUUCGUCAGAGCCCUCGAAAUGACCGAUUCCAUAGAAAUGGUUUCGGCACCCAACGAUCCGAGAUCUCAAAGACCAACUACACCGACACCGGACCGUGCGAGCGUAUACGAUAUGAACUAUGAAAUAUCCGUAUAGCCCACCUUUCCGGUCUCCGCACCAUCCUGCGGCUGGACGGAGAUUCUACGAGAGCCGCCGAGUAAUCUGCAUGUCUUAUACUCCAAUGAGAAAAGAAUGUAUGCCGUUUACGAGAUAUCCGUCUAAAUUCUUCUACGAUUGACACUGUUACGCGCGUUUAACAUUGCAAAUGGGCAGUAAACGCAAACCGCGACUGGUUCUUCAGUUUCGUUUGUCGCCAAUGGGAUUAUUCUUACAAAUACGAGCAUCGGACUUGCCAGAGUAAUCAGGAUAUUCACGAUGUGCACGUCUGAUAAAUUGCCAUCAGUGAUGUAUGUGUGCGCGCGUGAAUCAUAUCGCGAUUGACAGUAUAUUAUAGCAUUCGUUCUCGGCGAGGAAGUCGGUCCAUCAACGCAUUUAAUUCAUUGUGGAUUCACAUGAAGCAGUAAAUAUACGACGAAUCUUUAUUUCUCCAAUUCUUCCUUCGACAGUGAAAUCUUAUGAUAUGAUGAUAGAGUUCUUGCAUUUUACGCAAGACGUAACCAACGGCAAUGCAAGUGUCCUGUCUAAUUAGUAAUAUCAUUUAUUUAGUCAUUGUUAAUGAAAAGUAAAUUCCACGUACGUAGCAGCGAAUAUCCGUUACGUCAAGAAUAACAGCGUUUGGUCCGACUGACGAUCCGAAUUAAUGAGUCACGGAGGCGUCAACGAAAGUAUAUCCCGAGCGCACAGAGGUUGACCUUUUUAUUGGAACUAUCACCAAUAAUUGGUCCUCUCGCUUGAACAGAAGCAAUUAUAUUUUUUAGUACACGUUUAAGGUCAGUUUAGAUUUUUAUACAAUGACACCGUGACUCAUCCUCCUGUAGAAUACGAUUAAUCCAAUGUCGUCCUUUUUUUUCUCUUUUUUCUUGUUCAUAUCUCCAUUGCCAAUAAGGUGCAUGAUUUGAUAAUCGAGAGAAACAUUAGGGAUCAUUUUAUUACAUCCUUAUCUCUUCAAAUACCAGAGGAGUUUAUUGAAAAUGAAAAAAGAGAGUUACUUAACCAACUUAAGUCAUUA